AUGAACAUUCACGAUCGCCGCAUGGACAUUACUGCACUGUGUUGCAGCAGCACCGACAAGUGCGUGCCGCUCGAGGCGUUUGCCACGGACGACGUGUCGAGUCCGCAUCACGUCGAUGUGGCAUGGCCAAGGGACAGUGCGCUGAACCGACAGCGUCUUUUGGCAGUGGUCCCAACGACUCCUACUGCGUAUGUCGGGACGGGGAAAGCGUCGCCGUCGAGGAAACGCUCGCGCCGCCUGUCGAAUAGCGAACGCGGGAAGCUCUACCGCUCGCGUCGGAAGACUUACGUGCAGACGCUGGAAGAGCAGGUGGAAGAGCUGAAACAAGAAGUGACUCAGCUCGACCUCUGUGAAUGGUCACGGCAGCAACAACUCGCUGCGUGGCCACCCGCACGUCAGCCAAUGGGCACGACGUUUGCCAAUAUCGUGGACGAAUACUUUUCGCUCUUCAAGUACGGAGUACCGGUGACUGAACAAGACGGUGUGGUUGGCAUCCGGCAAGACCAGCUCUCACUGUCGUUCCAACAGGAUCGCUACCUGAAGGGCCUCAUGCAUUCAGAUGUGGUCUUUGGCGACUCGUACGGUGUCCAUGAGCUGCUGGACCAGUGGAAAAAGUACUCGCUGAACCAUGCGGGACUCAGGUAUGAGGUCAAAUCGCUGCAGCUCGUGGUGGCGCAUCCAAGCCCGGUGGUGCUCGCACCUGCCACGCUGCACGUGCGCUUCACGCGUCGCACGAUCGAGAAGAUCUUUCCGCACGUGCUCUGGAACGAAGGGCUUGUGCAGCGCCUCAUUGGCACGGAGUUUGCCUACUCCGUGGGCAACACCUUUUACUUUGGUGACGACAACAAGAUCCACCGGUACGAUACGUACGUGGACUUCGUGGCUGCUUUCGUCGAUGUGCUGGGCAACAUCGAGGACAGCAUGACAAUGAUGGAGAGCGCGCUAAUUCGGAAGGGGUCUAUGAUCGGUGGCGACCUGCUCGACGAGCCGCAGAGCUUCGCCGCGGAGAAAGCGCAGCGCGUGGAGAUGAUGGGUGGGAGGGAGGGACAGGAGUCGACGUGUGCAUGUGACUGCAUUGGUUUGUCGUCGUAG